AUGGAGAAUGUGCAUGGCUCUUCUCUCGAUGUGGGAAUGUGUGCCAGUACAUUGUAUCUAUCUAUGAAGGACGCAGAAGCAUGGAAGCGGGAAAUUACGGAGAAGCUCCAACGAAAAGUGGAGAAAGGGGAAGAGAACAUGAGCAUCUACAAAGUUCCAACAAGACUUCGAAGAGUUAAAGAUGAAGCCUAUAACUGUCGUGUCGUCUCGAUCAGACCUUUCCAACUGGAGAACCCUGACCUCGCAGCUAUGAGCGAGCACAAAUGGCAUUACCUGCAAUUCUUUCUUAAGCGAGUAGGUGAUGAUGAGCAGUCUCGUCGCAUUCUAGAAGAGUUCACAACUUCUAUUUACGAUUUAGAUGCAGUAGUUCGUGGAUGCUACUCCGAAAAGUUCAAUCACAUUUAUAAGAAUGUGCUUGCAGAAAUCAUGUUGCUUGACGGUUGCUUUAUUUUAGAACUUCUCCUCAGGUAUGAACAACACUUCAAUAAGAACAAUAAUCAUUCUCUUUCUAUUGUAAUAUUCAAUAGUGCCUGGAUGAUCGCAGCUUUUCAGCAUGACCUUGCCUUACUUGAAAACGAAAUCCCCUUCUUCAUUCUCAAACUUUUGUAUGAUGCUAUUAAGAUUCCUCUAAGAGGUCACCCACCAAAAUCAGUCACCAACUUAGCUCUUAGCUUCUUUCAGCCUACAAAUCACAAGGCAAUAGAAAAAACACUUGAUCCCACCAAAGAUUACAAGCAUUUUCUUGAUCUCUUGCACAAAUUUUACCUUCCCAGUAGGAACCCUGUUUUAGUAAACUCCCCUUCACUGCAUCAAGUCUCUGUUGACUUGACGCCUCAGAAUCAGCAUAUUCCUAUGGUGCAACCAAAUGCAAGUGCACGCGUUAAUCCGAAAGCUGGUGCAAAGAGAAUUAAAGCAUGCGGAUUAAAUUUCACUGCUACAAAACUGCUGGGGGUGGGAUUGAGUUCGAAAUGUUAUAAAAACAAAAUGGUGUGA